UCUAAAACUUCAUUUUACUCUUACCAAAUUGUGAUAUUGAUGGGGCAGUACAGUCGAAUCCUCUACUUUCUCUUCUUGUUUCUGAGUCUUGAGUUUUGUUCUUCAUCAAUUCCCCCCUUUUCAGCCAACACGACAUUGCAGUUGUGCUCCCAUUAUGACAGGCUUGCCUUGAUUGAAUUCAGAAAUAGCUUUUCACUAAAAAGUGAUGAUUGUCCAGGUUCUUAUCCAAAGACUAAGUCAUGGGAGAAAGGCGGGGAUUGUUGUUCUUGGAAUGGUGUUACUUGUGAUACUGUCACUGGUCAAGUGAUUGGGCUCGACGUCAGUUGUAGUUGGCUUGGAGGCUCUUUGUAUUCCAACAAUAGCCUCUUUCGACUUUUACACCUCCGGAAACUCAAUCUUGCUCAUAAUUAUUUUAGAGAUUCAACGAUAUCUCCCGAGUUUGGUCAGUUUAAGAGUUUGACACAUCUUAAUCUUUCCCAUUCUUCCUUUUUAGGUGAAAUCCCAUCUGAAAUCUCUCACCUCUCCAACCUCGCUUCUCUUGAUAUUUCUUCUAAUGCUUUAAGGAUUGAUGAUCUUCCCCUUCAAAGACUUGUGCAAAAUUGUUCACUUCUGAAACAACUUCUCUUCGAGGGUGUGGACUUGUCAUCCAUCGAUACAAAUUCUUUGAUGAAUCUCUCAUCUUCUUUGACAGAUCUAACACUCAAUGGAUGUAGAUUGCAAGGGAAGUUCCCAAGCAACAUUCUUUACUUGCCGCACCUGCGCAUACUCGAUUUAUCACACAAUGAACUCCUCAACAUUCAUUUGCCAAGGUCCAACUGGAGUAGUCCUCUCCAAGAACUGCAUUUUAAUUUCGUGCCUUUCACAGGGGAGCUGCCUGAAUCAAUUGGUAAUUUGAAUUCCUUGAAGCAAUUGACUAUUGUAGCAUGUAAUUUCACAGGAUCAAUUCCAACGUCGAUGGGCAACCUACAGCAACUAACUCAUUUUUAUGGUGAUGGCAACAAUUUCAAUGGUAGUAUCCCAUCUUCCCUCACAACUCUCUCAAAGUUGGAAGUGUUGUCGAUUCCAAACAGUAAGUUGGUUGGUCCUAUUCCUAAUUUUUCGAAUCUAUCAAAAUUAGUUAAGCUAGACUUAUAUUCGAAUUCGCUCAAUGGAACCAUACAAUCAGUUUUAUACAACUUACCUUCUUCAUUGCAUUCUUUGCGUCUCACAGACAAUCAAUUCACUGGUCCUAUCAAUGAAUUUCAAUCCCAAUCUCUUGAGGGACUUGGUUUGGGUCGUAACAAGCUGAAUGGUUCUGUUACACGCUCAAUCUUUAAUCUUGUUAACCUCACAUGGCUUGAUCUGUCAUCGAAUAGCUUUAGCGACACCUUGGAUGCAUCCAUGUUCUCAAAACUCCAAAAUCUUCAAUUCCUUGACCUUUCAAACAAUAAUUUGACUGGAUUGCUGCCAAGUCCAGUCAAAGUUCAGACGUACCUGAUUUCAAACAAUAAUUUGACAGGGCAGAUACCUUCUGUGAUUUGCAAUACUAAUUUGAGAUUUCUUGACCUUUCAAACAAUGGAUUUUCCGGAACUAUUCCACCAUGCUUCAGAAAAAUGAGCCAACGUCUUCAAGUUCUCAAUCUACGAAAGAAUAAAUUCAGUGGCGAAAUUCCGGAUAUUUUCAAUGAGGGAUGUGAAUUAAUUUCUCUCCACCUCAACGACAAUCAACUGGAAGGGUCUCUGCCAAGAUCAUUAGUGAAUUGCCAACUGCUGGAACUUCUAGACCUUGGCAACAACCGAAUAAAUGAUACGUUCCCUCAUUGGUUGGAAAGUCGCAUAGGACUGCAAGUUCUUAUCCUGAAGUCCAAUAGUUUUCAUGGUUCUAUACGAGAUUGGAAGCACUAUCUUUGUUUCUCCAUGUUACAAAUAUUUGACAUCUCAAACAAUAAGUUUUCUGGCCCGUUGCCAAAUAGAUAUUUUGAGAAUCUAAAGGCUAUGAUGAGAACUGAAGAAGAUUCAGGUGAUGGAGAAUAUCUAAGGGUAAACAUGUAUCCAUAUCAAGAUUUUGUUGUGUCUGUGAUCAUGAAAGGGCAGGAGUAUCAAUUAGUUAGAAUAAUAGUAACAUUCAAGAUCAUUGAUUGCUCGAAUAACAAGUUUCGAGGAGAGAUUCCGGACAUCAUUGGAAAGCUUAUUUUUCUCAAAGGCCUCAACUUUUCACAUAACAGCAUUGGAGGUGGCAUCCUGUCGUCUUUGGGAAAUUUGAGAAAUCUUGAAUGGUUGGACCUCUCUUUAAACAUGCUUACGGGGAAGAUUCCAGGACAAUUGACAGAUCUAACAUUUCUUUCACAGAUAAACCUCUCCCAUAACAAGUUCGUUGGACCCAUACCCCGAAGCCCGCAGCUCGACACAUUUGACAAUAGUUCCUACGAAGGAAAUUCAGGGUUGUGUGGUUUUCCAUUAUCAAAAAGUUGUGGUAGUAAUAAUGGUGCUCCACCACAAUCACAACCAUUGCUUGGCGAAGAGGAUGAUUCUGGAAGUGGGUUUGAUUGGAAUAUCAUAAUGAUGGGUUACAGUUCUGGACUAGUUAUGGGAUUGUCUCUAGGAUAUAUCGUGCUUGUAACAGGAAAACCACAAUGGUUAGUGAGGCUCAUUGAAGGAAGAUGGCUUAAGCAACUGAAAAGGCCAAAUCAAAGACAAAGAAGAAGAAAAGGCUAGAAUGUGGAAGAUAUGAUCAGAAAACUAAAGUAGCUUACCAAAUUUGAAUAAAGAAGAAGUCAUUUUCAGCAA